AUGAACACGGAGGGGCUCCCGCUGAAGGUGCUGUCCGAUGCUGUCGGCACCACCGUGUCGUUGGAGUUAAAAAAUGGGGAGCUUUACACCGGUACGCUUAGCGAGGUGGUGGACAAUAUGGGCGUGUUACUGACCUCCGCCCGCAAGACGACGAUGGCGGGACGGGAGGUGGAUAUGCCGAAGGUGUUGGUGUGUGGAACAAACAUUGUUUUUUUCCAACUUCCCGACGCGCUGCGCUGCUGUCCGCCGUUGAUGAAAAUGGGCAAGCUGCUUCCCAGCGAUCUGGACGGUAGGGGCGACGGAAAGGGAUUUGGUGCGCACCGUUCCCGUAAGAAGCCAAAGAAGUAA